AUGGCACCUAAACCGCCAGCUCCUGCGCCUAGCGGACAAAGGAAUCAAGCAUUCCGUGAAGUCGAUAAAGCUAUGUAUGAGUUGCAAAUAGCAGAUCUCAACAGGAAAUUAGCUCGAUUCAGAGCGAGUAUUGCUGAGUAUGAACAAAGAAAUAUAGACCUACAAAAUGCAUACGAUCAAUUAGAUGAAGAUAGGGCAGAUAUUAUUGCCUAUUUAAAAAAAACACUCAAUGUAAAAAAUGAGGAAAAUGCUGAACUUAAAGAUAGGGUUAAAAGCUUAGAAGAAUUAAGAGAGCUGGAAACAGCACAAUUCCGAGAGAAAAUUAGUGAAUUAGAGAAGAACUUUACUACCAUGAAAGACCAGCUUACUUCAGAAAAUAAACUUCUAGCUGGAAAACUUAAUACACUUGAAGAAUUUAGAGCCAUUAAAGAUGCUCUUAUGCAAAAAUUCGAAAAACAAGAAAGAGAGUUUGAAGCUCAAGAAAUGAAAUAUAAAAGAGUAAUUUAUGAUGCUGAAAAAAAAUUUGUAAUUGGUAAGGAUAAACUAAAGAAGGAAAUGGAAGGGCGACUUCUUCAACUUGCUCAAGAAUUUCAAGAUGCAAGUGAAGCUAGAAUAGCUGCUUCUACACAUAGAGUAAUCCGAGAAAAUAUUGCUUUAAAUAAUCAGUUAGAUAGCUUAUUAUUGACACAAGCAAAAGUGGCUGAACAAAAUGAAAAAUAUAAAGAAGAUGAGAGAGCGGCACGCAACGCUAUGGAGGUUGCAGAAGCUGAAAGAGAUAAAGCAAUCAAUAAGAGCAUUGUACAAAUUAAAGUUAUUGAACAGUUAACAACAGCAUUUAGAACUGCCAGCCAAAAUAAAGCUUUACAUGACAAACAAGCAUAUGAUUUAGAUAAUCUUCAGGUAAAAGUACAAAAACUUACAAAGGAAAAUGAAAACAUGAUUUUACAAAUACGCAUACUUGAACAAAAUCUACAUAGCUGUUUAGGCCAACAAAGUCAAAACAUAAUUGAAACAAAAAAACUCACGAAAGAACGUGACAAGUACAAACAAGUAAUAAAAAGCGCUACAUCUGCUAUACAGGCAGCUUUAAAAGUUGACUUAUGGGCCACAAUAGACCCUAGACGCGAAAUAUUGGAAAGAAAAGUAGUAUUGACAAAUAUUCUUGAUGUCAUAAACCAACACCAUCGUGCAAUUUGCGCUGAAUCUGUUGAUUCAUUGGUUUCACUGACUGAUGUGUAUGAAAAGGGAGAUCUUGGUUUUGUUCCAAAACCUAAAGCACUUGCUAGAAAAUCGAAAACAUUAGUCGAAGCCACAAAAUCACAGGAAUCAGUUGCACCUAAGCGUAGCACCGCAGCCGCUUCAACAACGAUAUCUUCACUAGGAACGGUGAAAACUAUGCCUAGCCUUGACAUAAUGCCUCAGCGGGAAGAUCUUUCUAUAUCAUCUAGGGAGAGUAUCCCGUCAUUUACAGUGACAUCAAUUCAUUCUCACGUGAGUGAAAGUGACAUUGUACCUGAAGACUCUUUUGAAGCUUUGACCGAUGUAGAAAAACAAUUAGCUCUUAGUAAAUUAGAGAUUCAAAAAUCUAUUUUGAAAGAUUUAGCUCUAUCAGGUACUGGUUUACAUUCAAAAUCUCGAGCUGAAACCUUGGAACCUUCCUCAAAAUUGAAAAUAUCCGAGUCGACAGUAGGAAAAAGGCGAGAAAGUGAAGAAGUUGGUGAAGUUGAGAGUAAACAUAGUAAAUAUGAGGAAGAUGAAGAUGAAAAAACUGAAGGUGAAGAGUCAGAAGGUGAAAAACCAGAGAAUGAAGAAGCGCAAAAGCAGGAACUAGUAACAGAUGAACAAGCUGAAGAUAAACCUAUUGAGGAUAGUGACAAUCCUAUUGAUCAAGAUGACAAAACAGAAUAG